AUGCCCACAAUAUAACAAUUAUUGCCACAUGUUCUAAGAUCUUGAAAAGGUGCACUACACGUGAGUGAGGAUCAGCAUUUGCACGGCGGAAGUCUUGGCGCGUCGCGAUUUACGCGAUAAGGGGUCGUGCUUUACAAACACCAAAAGUUAGUGUCAAGCUAUUACCAUCCUAACCUCUGCAACGAUCAUCAACAUCGACUCUAAACAGAAGCUUGAUAUUACACUUGUUCAAUCGCAACUCGAAACCAAAUACCGUCAUCAUGUUUUCCCGUACCAUCCGCGCUGCUCCCCUCCGUCUCUCGACCCGUGCCUUCAGCACCACCCCGCGCGCUGAUGUCGCCCGUAUGACCAUCAUUGGACGCCUCGCCGCCGCGCCCGAGGAAGUUCAAGCAGGACCCGACCGCACGCUCGUACGCUAUGCUCUCGGAACCAACUACGGCAAGGGCGAAGCACAGAAGACGAGCUGGUUCCGCGUGGCCAGCUUCGCGACCGGUCCCCAGAAGGACUUCCUGUUGAAUGUGCCCAAGGGAGCGUUGUUGCAUGUCGAUGCCGAUGCGAGGAUGGAUAGCUACACCGAUGGAGAGGGCAACAAGAGGAGCAACUUGAGCUUGAUUGCCAGUGAGUUCCCCCUAGCUGGCCCAUGGUGGCAGCGGGUGAUGUUUUGUAUAUAUUGCGAUGAUGGCUAACUCUGUGU